AUGUAUGAUCGGGCUCCCCGAGUGCUCAGAUUUGCUGAAGGUGGCGGCACUGAGGAUCACGUGGGUCCUGGAUCCUACCAGGUGCCUUUCCUGAAGCAGCAGGCAACAGGUGGCUAUGCGCCAUUUCUUUCUUUGACUGCCAGAGAAAGUGCUUUUACUGUUGCCUCUGAUGCUGAGAACGCUGUUCCUGGUCCAGGACAUUAUAAUAUUUCAGGAAAACAGAAAAUUUCAAGGUCACCUUCAGUUUCCAGAAGUGUUCAUGUUCCUUCGAUUCCUUCCUGUGGACAGUCAUAUGGUUAUGAUAUUAAUGAUGAUGACAGUAUUAUAAGACAGUUUCCACCCGCUAGUGAUAGCACACUAGGUCCAGCGUACUAUAAACCUCAAUUUGGUUUUUCCAGUGCAACUUUAAAAUACAAGGGAAUACACUUUGGCAACUCUUUUCGAAGACUCGAGUUACCUAUAAAGUCAGGGCCUGGUCCUGGAGAGUAUGAUAUAGUUCAGAAAAAGACACCACAUUAUGAAAAUGUUAACAUCAAGAAAGAUCAACAGAAAAAUUUAUGCUCACAUCCCCCACGUUUUAAUGGAAUAAUAAAAUUGCAGGAGGAAAAAGAGAGAUUUGCACCUGUGAAAUCAACCACCCCAGGUCCCGGCACAUAUAAUGAACCUCGAACUGCUUUCAAACCCUUCAAGAAAACAUCAAUAUUUAAAAAUACCCCAUUUGGUCAGAGUGCUGCUCGAUUCACACAAGGCUCCAAGACAGAGAAAAUACCAGGCCCUGGGUCUUAUAAUAUCCUCAACAACACUAUCACUGACAACGUUAGCAAUAAGCGCUCAAAGAGACAGAGGAAAAGUGCAUUUGGGUCUUCUGUUUCUCGGACUUUCUCCUUGGAUCGGAAAGAAAUUGUUACUCCUGCUCGUUGUCAGAGAAAGAAGACCGAAGGCUACCGCUGAGUGAGAUAUGCCCUGUAAGUCAGCUCCCAGCAGCCU